AUGGACGACAAAGGGUGGUCGCUGAAAGGGUCUCUCCUGCCCCUGCUGCUGCUGGUGUCAGACCUGCUCCUGUGCCAGGGCGUGACCUCCCUGCCCAUCUGUCCCACCGGUGCUGUCAACUGCCAGGUGUCCCUCCGAGACCUGUUUGACCGCGCGGUCAUCCUUUCCCACUACAUCCAUAACCUCUCCUCGGAGAUGUUCAACGAAUUCGAUAAAAGGUAUGCCCAGGGCCGGGGGUUCAUUACCAAGGCCAUCAACAGCUGCCACACUUCCUCCCUCUCCACCCCUGAAGACAAGGAGCAAGCCCAGCAGAUCCAUCAUGAAGACCUUCUGAACUUGAUACUCCGAGUGCUGCGCUCCUGGAACGACCCCCUGUAUCAUCUAGUCUCAGAAGUGCGGGGCAUGCAAGAAGCCCCAGAUUCGAUUCUCUCCAGGGCCAUCGAGAUUGAGGAACAAAACAGAAGACUUCUAGAGGGUAUGGAGAAGAUAGUGGGCCAGGUUCAUCCUGGAGUCAGAGAAAACGAGGUUUACUCCGUCUGGUCAGGACUUCCAUCUCUGCAGAUGGCUGAUGAAGACUCACGCCUUUUUGCUUUUUAUAACCUGCUCCACUGCCUACGCAGGGAUUCACACAAGAUUGACAAUUAUCUCAAGCUCCUGAAGUGCCGGAUCGUCUACGACAGCAACUGCUAAGCCCACAUCCCCGCCGUCCCUUUCCGGAAGUUUCUUAAUGAUCCGUCCCAUAGCAAGCUCCUCUUAGCUUUACAGCUUUCUCAUGCAGGCUUGGGUGUAAUGGGUCUCAUCUUAAAAAAUAAAAACUGACUCCUUAGAGAUGUCAAAAUAAAAA